UAUGCAUCACCAUGAUCUUGCGUGUGCAUAGGAAUUUUUUUGAAAUUACUACGUUCCCCAACAAGUGCAACCACUGGAUGAUGACGCAUUUGAUCCACUGUCUCAUGAAUAUCCGUUGAUGCUUAAUUGGUCAGAAGAUGAGGCUAAGAAGCGUGACACGUACGACACGUCAUACGGCCGUGGUAAUGGGACGAUUGAUGAUGUGAUAAGUGAAAAGUACAGGCAGACAUUAAUUGCUCAACAAGGAAGAAAGGCGGAGGAAGAAUUAGAGCAAGAAGAUCGUGCCCAAAAAAAGAAAGAUAAUAGAGAUGAGGCGUCAUCGAGCAUGGAUACUACAUCAAAGAUAUGCAAAAGGAAAUUAAACUUCUCCCUGGAAAAUGUGCUGAGAUAGUAGUGGAGAAGCUGGAGAAGAAAGGUCUUGUCUUCAAGCCAAACAAAGGGUCUGAUGAUGACAUUGAGUUUGUGGAGCAUAGUGAAGACUGGGUAGGGAAGUAUGGUCCAUCAAAAUAUUGGCCAGAUGUAGAAUCAAUUCCUGGAAAAGAAGAUAUGAACAACAGGGUGGACGCAUCCUUCACCACUAGGAACGGGAACAAAUUGGCGCGUGAGAAAGGUGUGCAUCACAACACACCUGGUACAAGAGAUGAAGGCGACCCCUUCGUUAUUGAGGACAAUGGUAAUUCACUCAACCCAUCUCUUGCGACGAUAGACACGAAGGACUUUCCAACUAUUAAUUCAACCCCCAAGAAUAUUAAUGAAGUGUCAGACGGGCCUAGCACCGAUAAAUCUGAGGAGAUUAUUAUGGAUAGUUUGAACACCCGUAUUAAAAAUGCGAAAGAAAAUGGCACUCAGGAGAAUGAUGGGAAGGAAAAUGAUGGGAAGGAGAAUGAUGGGAAGGAAAAUGAUGGGAAGGAGAAUGAUGGGAAACGCAAAAGGAAACAGUCAAAAUACUAUCUUUCACCUUACCAGCAGAACGGUGGACGUAAACGUGCAAAGAAAAGUCUAUUUGGUAUAAGAGCUGCUAUGAUUAGUACUGAUUACAUUAAUGAGGAUCACAUAGAGGCCGCGAAGGUUUAUAUCCGGACACUGGCAGAGUCGGAGAAGCUUUGCAGAAAAACUGUUGUGCACAUGACGGGAAUUGGUGGGGAAACAUGUACACCUGAUAUGCUUCAAGCCAUCAUUUCAAAAAAGUGGUUGCAUGGCGGUGUCAUCAAUAGUUAUUGCAACCAUAUGCAGACCCAUAAUCCUCGUGCUGACUGUCACAUAUUAUCAUCUUGGGUGUCCCACUGGCUUAUUCUUCGUGCUGAUGGAAAGGUUAACAACUCUAAGAGGCAUUUUAUGGAUCAUUUCACAAACCAAACUAAAAAAUGGUGUCUAGAGUUACUGAAGAGUAUUUCAUCAAAGAUAAGGCAUACUUUCCGUUUCAUGUGGAAGAAAAUCAUUGGAUAACAGUUCUUAUGCACAACAAGAAAAAAGAGUUUCAAGUUUUAAACUCUACUGGUAAAUGCAGCAAAAGAGUUCUUGCAAAGAUUGCUAAGUUGAGGGCAGAAAUAGCUAAUGAUACAAAUGAGGUGAAUGCUCUUAUUGGAACGGAACAUCCUGAUGUAUAUUCCUGGCCAAUAAGGGAGUACGAUAUGCCGUCACAAACAGACGAAGUCUCUUGUGGUCUUUUCGUAGUGAAAUGUGUUCAAAACUGGGACGGAGAUGAUUGAACAUUUGAGUUUGAUCAAGAUGAGGUUAAUGCUUCAAGGGGACGCAUUCUAGCUGAAAUACUUUUUUCAGAGUGCAACACGAAGGAAGUAGUGAAAGAGAAGAUCCUCAAGAUCAUGGAGAAGAAAUGAGUCAGAGGAUGGGUGUUGGCUAUUAUCUCCACUAAAUAAACGUGCCAUUGUCGGUACUUGAUACAAUUUUCAUAAUAAGACAUCUCUAUAUUGUAAUUUGGCAUGGUUUAGCAUGUUCCGCAGCUAAAUAAAUGUGUCGUGGUCGGUAUUUGCUAGAAUAUCUAUUUUUCAAUGUCACUCUUAUUUGCAUCGUUGUCAGUGACACUCUUAUUUGCAUCACUGUGGGUGAUGAUUUUUCAACUUGUUAUAUAG